UGUAAAGUGCUUUGUGAUGGUGGUCCACUAUGAAAGGUGCUAUAUAAAGAUUACUAUUAUAUGGAGAAGGAGGGAAUCAGUUUUUCUUCCUAUGCCCUGAAGUGUUAGGAGUUAAUAAUACAUUGGAAGUACAACCUCAAGUCCAGAGUCCCCAGUUCCUCUCUCCUCUGUCCCUGGGAAUCGAUUCAAAAUCAACAGAUUUUUUUUAAGCAAACAAAGAGAAAAUAUAAAAGCAUUCUUUUUGAUUCAAGAAAGGCAUUGAGGCAAGAAAGGAAAAUCAAAAAAACAUCUAAACAGCUCUUAACAUGCAACGAAUUGGGGCUUUAUCGUGGCUGGUGGUCUUCUUGGCUGUAAGAAGCUCAGGUUUGUUACAAGAUCAUCGUGGGAUCCACACCGAGAAGGUAAACGGCUGUGUUCGUGCGGGCCAGCCUGCGCGGGGACCCCCGCUUCUCAAUCUAGGGCAGAGAUGGGAGGGAACGAAGCCCUUAGCUGAACUGCGGGUGAACAUCUCUGAACUCACCAGCGUCGAGUCCUCCUUCGAGUUCCGCACCUUUGAUCCGGAGGGACUGAUCAUGUACGGAGACUCCCAGGAAGAAGGGGAUUGGUUCAUACUGGCUCUGCGCUCCGGCAUUCCCGAGAUGCGCAUUGGAAAAGCAGCGGCCAGCGUGACCGUGUCCGGGGGUCCGAUGCUGAACGAUGGUCAGUGGCAUCGGCUGUUGCUGAAGAGCACGGGAGAGUUCAUGGGCCAGUUUGUGGUGCUGGAAGUGGAUGACAAGGUGAUUCUCAGCGUGGGGCUCCAUUCCCGGGAUGCACAGACCCAUCUCACCGGACACAUGAGGCUGACCCUCGGGGGAAUGCUGAUAAGCCCCUCGGAGCUCUUCAUAGAGCUGGUCCCCCCGAUGGACGGCUGCAUCCGCAGGUGGAACUGGCUGAACCAGAACUCCUCGUGGCUCCAGGACCUCUCCACCUCCAAGCCCUGCUUCGAGCAUCUCUCCAGCGGCAGCUACUUCUCCGGGGCUGGGCUAGCCUCCUUCCACAGCCAGGAUUUUCCUCCUGGAGACGUGGAGGACUGGGUGCUGACCGUCGAGAUGACAGUUCGGCCGGACGAAUGGAAAGGGACUCUACUGGUCAUCGCCUCCGAGGACCACCGGCCUCUGCUCACGCUGACCAUGCACGAGAAAGAGGAGUCCCAGGGUCUCCAGUUGGAUGUUAAGGAGGUCUCGCUGGUUUUGAGUCACAGACCAGUACGCUCCUGUCUGGAGAUCAGUGUGCUGCUCAGGGUCUCAGCGCAGGGGGUGGUGGUCCGAACCAACCGGUCUGAGGAGCGGGGGGAGCUGGGGGACUUUGCUGCCUGGAAGCAGGCCUGGGAGGAAGGCGCCACCCUCUCCUUCGGGGGCGCGCCAGAAUUGCUGGAGCAGACUGGCUUUCCCGGGCAGGGCUAUUUCCAAGGAUGUGUGGGAAAGAUCCGGGUUCAAGGGCGGGAGCUGGAUUUGGACUCGGCGCUUUACAAACACGACUCCAUCUGGUCCCACAGCUGCCCGGAGUGGACACCCGGUGUCCAGUCAGAGGACAGGGAAGACUGAGCACCCAUCUGGGGGAACAGAACCCAUUUCUGAAUUCCCCAACUGCUGGAUCAUUGAUUUUAUUAUUGAUGAUCAGUUGAUCGAAUCUGUUCAAUUAAAGAAUCAGGCUAAUGUCA